UCAAAGAUGGCGAAAUGCCUCCUCAACAAUCAACCCAUGUUCGUAGUACCCACAGCUGAGCUGAGCUGAGCACAGCAGAGCUUGGGAAGAUGACACAGGAGCAGCAGGACCCAAACUCCGCCAAAAAUCUCACUUCUUCUCCUUCUUCUUCUUCGUCAACAGCUUCUAGGGUUUCUGGAGAAAUCAACAUAAACAGCGCCAGCAGUAGUGGCGGUGGCGCUGGUGGUGCGGCGCCAAAGAUUCAUUAUCCGAACCCACCGGACGCAACGAACCCGGACGCUGCGACUUUGAGAGAGCAAUGGAGGUUUGCGAUCCGACAGUAUAGCAGAUGGUAUUCCCACGCAUGGGGCACCGCUAUCCUCGCCGGAAUUUCUUUCUUCGCCCUCGGAUGGAUCAUUAAGGGGUCUAAUCCUCUCCCUUCCAGGCAGGACCACCAUGAUCAUACUUCGGACGAGCGGUGAUUCCAUUUGAUCAGUUUUCUGUCAUUUCUGGUCAUGGGGCGAUUCAAUGAUGAAGUCGGUGUUAGGGUUCGUAAACAUUAGCCUGUCUACUGUGAGAUUAGGGGAUAAUACUCUCUCUUGACUCUUGUGACACUGAAAUGGGAAAUCCGGAAAUAAUUUAACAGACCUGUUCUGUUCUUACGUAUGUUGAAGAGGCCGUCAAACCAUGGGGGUUUUGCUAUGCAAUGUAGGGUAUCUGUGCUGGUACUAUUUACUAUAUAAGCUACUUUCUAGAAACCUUGCCUUGUAAUCGAUCAGAUAAAACAAAAUUAUUGCACCUGAAGAGGAAAGGCCAAGGAAAAGGAUUUCUAAUUUUUGUGUUGAUACAUCAUGGCCAAAUAGGUUCUUGUUAAUAGCAAAAGUAAGCAUUAAAUCCCCCCACCCUUUUUUUUCUUAAUUCAGAAAAUCCAAACUUUGUAGAUACACGAAUGAAGAUUUAUUCCUGUUUAUAGUUGUUCGUCCUCUCCCAAAAAAUGUACUUCUAAGUCAUAAAAUUAGGCUGAGCAUCAUGUAUUGCAUCAUUGUUUUUGAUGUUGUUGUUAGGUCUCAAGUUGGAAUUGUUGCAUCAUUCUGUACUAGCUGUUGUUGUUGGCUGAUUUCUGGGAUCUUCUUCCCAUGCUUUAAGUUAUUGUAGUUAAGGGUACCUUGUCAAUUGUCAUGUUCCAGCACUUUUAAAGAGUUCUCUAUAUUUCUAGUAGUAAACAAUAUAGAGGAUUCUUUGGCCUAGUACCUUUUGAGACAUUUGGUUUGAUAGAGUGUAAGCCUUGUCCACGUUGGGGAUUUCCUUGGUUAUAAUAGCCAAACAUAAUUCCUAGAUCUUAAUUUCUCUGAAGGUUGAAAAGACAUUUUUGCCCGUUGAUGUCCUGGGCCUAAGGCAGCUCUUGUUGUCAUGGAUUACAUAAGAUAAUUUUUUCAUCAGUGACCAUUUAAGAGAUGGUGGUGGAUUUUUUGUAUGUUCACAGGUUGGGGAAUCCUUUGUUGAUUUCUCUCAUUCACAUGGCAGUGUAGCAAUGUUCUAAAAAUCGUAAUCGUAUUGUAAGUCAUAGAGAAAGUUGAAUCGAAUCGAAUUUUGAAUUGUAUAGUAAGUCAUACAAUGGCUCUUUAUCCAACAUAUGAUAGGAAAUAAAC